GGCCCGAGCAAAACGGCGUGACGGCGAAACCACGCCCUCACGGAGCAAACAGAAAGCGGCCGAACCGAAACCGGAACCGAGCGGGCAGCCCCGCGGCCGAUCACGACGGGCCGUGCUGCCGGAGCAAAGCGGGGCCGCGGCGGCGUCCGCGUCCGCAGGGCGGGGGGGAACCGAGGCGGGCCGAAGCCGGCCCCGCGGGGCAUGGAGCGCGGCGGGCGGAUCACCGACUGCUUCCCGCGGAGACACCGGGCGCGGACCCGCGCCGCGGGCAAAGAGCGAAGAGCGGCGCGGAGCGGAAAGCGCCGGGGGAUCCCGGUAGCCCCGCCCCCGCGGCCCUCUCCCCCCAGCCCCGCGCA